AUGUCAGAAUCAUAUGACUUGGUCGUCAUUGGCUCUGGUUGGUUCGGCCUCGGUGCCUCAAAAGCCUACAUUGAAACGCACCCUGAUGAGAAGGUUGCCAUCCUCGAAGCAAAUGACUCCAUUGGAGGAACAUGGUCGGCCAACAGACUGUACCCAGGUCUCAAGUCCAACAACAUGAUUGGGACCUAUGAGUUUCCUGACUUUCCCAUGAGCAAAGACAUAUACGGCGUGGAGGAGAAUGAUCACAUUCCUGGCAAGGUUCUGCACAAGUAUCUCACUGAUUAUGCCCGCAACCAUGGCAUACUUGAGAGAACCCAAUUCAACAGCACAGUCAGUCAGGCAGAGCAGACCAGUGAUGAUAGCUGGAAACUUACCGUGACAAGCCCACAAGGUGAACGUCAAAUCAAAGCAAAAAGAAUAGUUGUCGCCACUGGCCUCACUUCCACCCCCAACAUGCCUUACUUUGAAGGCAGCGAGAGCUUUGGCAAGCCUCUGUUCCAUGCCAAAGAGUUUUGCUCUCGAGCCGAUGAAGUCAAGGACGUCAAGAAUGCCAUUGUUGUCGGUGGUGCCAAAUCUGCCUAUGAUGUUGCAUACGCCAUGGUUGAUGCGGGAGCUCAGGUUGAUCUAAUUGUCAAGCCCGAGACCAACGGCCCUGUGUGGAUUGCGCCUCGCUGGGUGACGCCCCUUAAGGCUCGUAUUGACAAGACCUUGACUGUUCGCUUCAUGACAUGGUUUGCCCCCUGCCCUUGGGGCCACGAAGAUGGCUUCGGUGCGAUCCGGCGAUUUCUUCACGGUACGGCGAUUGGACGCAUGUUUGUGCGCUCAUUUUGGAGAUCAAUGGGCAACGACGUUUUGAACCAGAUCAAUUACGAUAAUCACCCAGAGACAAAGAAGCUGAAGCCGUGGUAUGACGUCUUCUGGAUUGGCAGUGGUCUCAGUAUCCUCAACUUCAACAAGGAUUUUUUUGACUUGGUCCGUGAUGGAAAGAUCCGCGUCCACAUCGACAACGUCAAGCGUCUUGAGCCCGGCCAAGUUCUUCUAGAGUCCGGGAAGAAGCUCAAGGCAGAUAGCAUGAUCUGUUCUACAGGGUGGAAGAAGGAAUCUCUGGUCAAGUUUUCCAAUCUCGGCGAGCACGCUUUUGGUCUACCGUUUGGGCCCAAGGAGCAGGCUCAGCUCAACUCUGAGUUCGACGCCCGCGUGAAGAAGCAGUUCCCUCAGCUCAAGCAGCAGCCUAAGCUUCGCUCUCCUCCUCGCCCCAACGCGGAGCCUCUGCGGAACUACCGCUUCAUAGUCCCUCCUGCGUUCCUUAGCAAACGCAACAUUGCCUUUGCCGGCAUGAUCUCGUCAGUUACAACUGCGGUCUGUGCUUCGAUGCAGGGAGUGUGGAUCACCGCUUAUUUCGACAACAAGUUGGUUCGAGAAAGUAAGUCUCAGGAGGAUAUCACAAACGAAGUCAUGAUGCACACUCAGUGGGGUAAAUGGCGCUACCCUGCUGGAUAUGGAGCGAGCCUGCCUGACUUUGUCUUUGAAGGUGUUCCUUAUGUUGAUAUGCUGCUCAAGGACCUUGGCGUCAAGAAUCGUCGCAAACCGUCCUUUUACGCUGAGCUGACAUCCCCGUACACUCCUCAGGAUUACAAUGGCGUCAUGGAUGAGUACAGGAAGCGUGUACAGGCUAAAUGA